ACCUAAGUGUAAAAGGAGCGCUACCUUGGAUUGGAUGUUUUUUUGUUACAAUUUGACAUUAUUUAUGUCAUGCAGAGAUGUCAUAGUCCUGAAGAACUAUCCUGUUUCAUAUGACUACAAUCAUGGGAACAAAUAAGAAAUGCCUGGCUUUUAUUGUUUGUGUAUGGACAUGUGGGAGCUAUCUGUUAUGUUCAGUUUCUGCCAAUCCCAGCCUCUGGGGAAAGAAGGUGAACUUCCUAGGUGUGAAUUUCUGUCAGUGGCAGCUGAGCAAAACUUUUUCUAUGCCGUCUUUAGAGGAACUGAGUGUAUGUGUUAACCUUAAGCGAGGGAUUUCCACUGCAAGUUGGACUGCUUUUAUGUACAAUAAGCCAGGAGGACACAAAACUGAGCUUGGCUUGGCUGGAACUGGGGGAAAUUUAAAGGUCUGGCUUUUUGGCGAGGAAUGGAUGAUUGCACAUAACCUACCCCUUCAUAGCUGGCACACAGUGUGUGUGACAUGGUCAAAUCACAAUCGAAAAAUCCAGUUGAUUAUUAAUGGCACAGUUUACUUAGAUUCUAAGGUAAAUGACUCAAUGUCCAGUAGCCUGGCUCCGAAUGGCACUCUGACUUUGGGAGAGGCUCACAGAGUUGUUGGUGGAGUUAUGGAUAUUGAGACAGGAACAAAUUUCAUUGGCGAAAUUACUCUGUUCCGUAUGUGGGAGAUGGUGCUGACCCCUCAACAACUUAUUGAGUUGAAAUGUAUUAGUGGAAACGUUGUAAGCUGGAGCUUAAAUAACUGGGAGUAUCAAAGAUGUCCACCUAUAACUGAUCACAGCCAGAAAUGUGAAUGCCCCAAAUAUAAAAUACAUAUGAAAAUAUCUGUUACACAAAAGAUGAAUUAUGAUCUAAAUGUCAGUGAGACCAAGGAAGUCACAGAGCAGUGGCUGAAGAGCAUUUUCCCUCAGAGCAUUUCUCUAAAUUAUGUGUUUAUAUCACAUGUAAGCCCAAUACUUGAAAAAAACAGUCAUCCCAGUGAACAGAACGACGUUAAAAUGAAGGAGGGAAGAACUUUGUUAUCUAAAACAGAAUGGUUCAACAGCAUGGUAUAUGUGACAGUAAAUCCUGCUGCUGCUGUCGAUGAGACUCAAGCUCUGCUAUGGACACUGUUAAUACCUAUCUACAACCUCAGGGAUCAUAUCAUUCUACAGACAGAUCUGGCCUCUGUAAACAUCCUUCCACGAGCCACAGUUUUUGAAGGCUCGAUGAACUCCACUCCAACAGGUUUUAUAGACACUUUUUAUAGAGUUCAUAUGAACCUUACAGUGCACAGCCAUGUGGGGGAUCCAGCUGAAAUUAUUCAACUUUGGCUUCAGCAAACGUUAGGGGGAAGUCAGGGAAUGAAGGUUGUGAAUUUUAAGCUGACAAGUACCCCAAAGUAUAUCUGCUCCUUCCAUGUCCAAGCCCCAGCUUUAACGAAUGUCACUGAAACUGGAAUCAUUAUUUUUGUCCUCUUAACAAAAGGAUUUAACAAUAGUUUCAUCACAAUAAAAGUCCCACCUGAUGAGAUCAGCAUCUUACACAUAGAGCCUGGGUUCUGUCCUGAGGAUACUACUCUAACAGUUUAUGGUCAAUAUAUGUGGCCUUCAACACCAGCUCAGGAAAACUGUGAGAUGAAGUGUGAAAAGGGAAGUGAUGUAGCCAUAAGACUUUGUAAAUUAGAUGCCAGCACUGAUGAAGCAGUUUGGGAUCCACCAGAUUUGUCCAUGUGUGAGAAAGUUAUGACAGACAUUAAUGAUUUAGAAAGUGUUACUGUUACACCAGACAAUUCAGAUGAAGUUGUGGCCAUGAUUGAAAAUUUGCUGCAGAACGAGACAGACUUGAGCACGUCCAAGCUGAACACUGUGCUGCAAAAACUGUCUGAUGUUGCACAUGUCGGUAUCAUGACCAUUGACUUAGCAAACAACAUUAUAAAUGUGGUUUCCAAGCUCUUUGUUUGCACAUCUUCUCUUUCCGAAGCCACAAAUGAAAUUCUUUCUAUUACUGACCAAGUAGGAAACAGGAUGAAUUUCUCUGGAGACUGUCACAACACCACAGUUCCUUCAUUGGCACUGCAGCUUGUCAAUCUAGAUCCACUGCUUUUCCAAGGACUCACAUUUGAAGUAGCCUCUUUUCAAACAGGUUUUCUUCCUGAAAUAUUUCUUAGCCAGACCUUUGUUGAGCAGUCUGACAGUGACAAUGUGGCAUCAAUAUCCUUACCAGUUGCCCUGGAUACGUUCUUCCCCCAGAGCAGUAGAAGUCGUGUUCAGUUUCAUUUCUAUGGCAUAGAAACUCUUUUCCAGGACCAUUAUAGCAGCCUGGUGCUGAAUUCUUAUGUGGUUUCUGCCAGUGUAAUCAAUGCCAGUGUAAUCAACCUGAGGGACCCUGUCAUAAUCACACUUCUCCAUCUUCAGCCCAAAAAGGAACAUGACACGGUCAAGUGUGUCUACUGGAACUUAGAGAGGAACUAUGGAAAAGGUGGUUGGGAUGAUAAUGGAUGCCAAGUUAAAUAUAGCAACGCCACUCAUACAGCAUGCCACUGUUUUCACCUCACACAUUUUGGAGUGCUGCUGGAUAUAUUUAAAACACCCAUAAACUCCAAGGAUGACAAGAUUCUCACAGUCAUUACAUACCUGGGCUGUGGCUUGUCCUCCCUCUUUCUAGGCAUCACUUUGCUGACGUAUAUGGCCUUUGAGAAGCUGAGGCGAGAUUACCCAUCUAAGAUCCUUAUCAACCUCUCAGCAGCCUUGAUGGGUCUCAACAUGUUCUUUCUGGUUAAUUCUUGGCUUGCUUCGUUUAACAAUUAUAACCUGUGUAUUGCCAUGGCUGCUAUUCUUCACUACUUCUUCCUGGCCACGUUCACAUGGAUGGGGCUGGAGGCGAUCAACAUGUACCUGGCUUUUGUGAAAGUCUUUAAUGUCUAUGUUUCUGCCUUCAUCCUUAAAUUCUGUGCUCUUGGAUGGGGUUUACCUCUGAUUAUUGUCAGUGUAGUGCUUGCCGUGGACAAAAACAUCUAUGGUAACACUCAUUCCAUAACAGCAAUUGAAGAUUUUUCAUCUUUCUGCUGGUUACAGAACGACAUAGCGUUUUAUGUAACUGUAGUAGCAUUUGUGGUGCUGAUCCUGAUGUGCAACGUCAGCGUGUUCGGCGUGGUACUGGUGCAGAUACGGGGCAUGCACCUCAGUAAAGAAGCAAGCCAUUGCAGCAGAAUGCUGCAUGAAAUGCGUGUGGUUGCCAGUCUCACCUUUCUACUCGGCCUCACCUGGAUGCUGGCCUUCUUUACCUGGGGACCUGUGCGAGUCCCUUUUCUUUACCUCUUCUCAAUUCUUAAUACUCUACAAGGUUUUUUUAUAUUUCUGUUCCACUGCCUCAUGAAAGAGAAUGUACGUAAGCAAUGGCGAAUUCACCUCUGCUGUGGAAGAUUUAAACUCACUGGCUACUCAGACUGGAGUGGCUCAUUGAUGCAGGGUGGUAAAGCUAAGAGUGAAAAACUGGCGCACAGCCCAUCUGAAACCACAAGUGAACGGAAGAUUUCCAGGAGCAGCCAGAAAGAUGAAAAUAUAAAAAAUAUAUAAUAAAAAAAGAAAACCAGAAGCUCAGUUUUAUGGUUGUUGAUGGUGCUAAUAAGGACAAUAAGUACAAAUGUGAUUCAUUCUGUACAAUUCUCUGUUUAUUAAUUUAUUAUGAUUAGGCAGAUGUAGUGCUUUUUGGUGAAAUGACUUUAAUGUAU